AUGGCUGGGAAACAAACCGGGGUAUGGAAAACGCCCUUAAAUCCCAAUAUCAACAACAGUAAUGAGUCAAGCUUCCCCGACCUCCUGCCCACCGCGAGCCCGGAGGUCCUCCACAAAAUCGAAUAUGAAGAAUUACAGCAAAAUGAACUGCUUGCUCUCGAAGCUAUCUAUGGCGACGACUUCGUUAUGCACCCGGGAACUCAGAGCGCCUGGAAGAAAUCAGAACCACACUUUGACAUACGGAUAAAAGCAUCCGUGGACGAAGACUUUGCUUGCACACUGAGCUUCGUCAUGACCGCAACCUACCCGAAAUCACCUCCGCUUAUCACCUUGAAAAACUAUGACCUUAAGGAGGUCACCCAGUUUAAGAUCCAGAAAUUUCUGGAGACGCAACCCAAGAUAUUCGCACAGGAUGAACAAGAGAUGAUCGAUCAGAUCGUUGAAGGCGUGCGGGAAAUCCUUGAGAGUGCCGCACAAGCAAAGGCAGACGGCAAGCAUCUACCCUCCCUCGAAGAAGAGCGAGAACGACACGAAGCUUUCCUGGCAAAGUUAGCAAAAGAGAAGAUGGAGGAGGAGGCUCGCAAAAAGAUGGAAGAGACGCAAGAAGAGGAGCGUGUCAUGGCUGAGAUGCUCGAACAGCAGAUCGAGCGACAAAAGCAGAAGGCUAAGGAAUUGAAACGCCGUCCUAAUGGCAACACGCACCAAGAACCUACUACAAGCACAGAGACGGAGGAGAUAAUCGAGUUCGAUCAGUUCUGCAAUGCCACGAACAAGUCGGGAGAUACAAUCGUGUUCAAGGCUGUUGCGAGCAAAUCCGAUCCUCGGCAAGGACCUGUGUCUGUGGUUUACACAGUCAGACCUGUUUUGACUAAUGGACAAGGCAGCCUGACUAUGGCUCUCAAGGAAAAUAUCUUGCGUACAACGAGCAAGGACUCAAAGGAGUUCAAACUUCAACUCCAGAGUCUUGAGUCUCGUCUUCAAGAUCUCAAGACCGUAAAGCGAGUUCAGCACCGCCAUCUCGUUGAAGUCCUAGAUUUCAAGGUUCAAGCCGGACUCGCCACGGAUCCAACUGUCGCUAAUGCAUGGACUAUAAGCGUCUUGUCGCCCCUGGCAGAAAAGGGACCAUUAGAAGAGCUAUUGGAGCUUGCAGGACAGAUUGAGAUUGGCAAAGUGCGUUCUUGGACACGGGACUUGCUAGAUGCUGUCAACUUUCUUCACAACAAGAAUAUUGCUCAUCAAGAUAUCCAUGCAGGGAACAUUCUUCUGUUUCGAGAGCCCACAGGUGAAAUCGUUCCUAAAAUCUCUGAUGCUUGGUAUCAGAGGGAAAUUCAUUCCAUCAGUACGCAAAAACCAGGAACUUCGGGAGUAAAUACUGCCAAAUCUGCGUACUGGCUGCCUCCUGAAAUUGCUGGCGUGACAAACCCCCAGUACACGUUCAAGACAGAUAUCUGGGACUUCGGCGUCGUGUUUGUCCAGAUGAUAUUUGGUCUCGACGUACUACGAACAUACUCCUCACCUAGGAAUCUGAUGGAGUCUGUCACUUUGUCCCAUUCUUUACAUGAGUUAGUCAGUAGGUUCUUCAGAGAGGACAAGCAAAAGAGGCCUCGAGCUUUUGAGCUUGGAUCCAGUGAGUUCUUGGCCACCGAUGCGCCAAUUCUCUUCGACGAUACAUCUGCGAUUCUAUCCAGUAGCCCUUCAACAUCUUUACAAACUAUCCCAGCGAGGUUCCGACGUGACUCGACUACUCAUCGAGGCCCUUCUCUAUCUCGGUAUACUGAAGACUUUGUUGAAGAAGGCAGACUGGGCAAAGGAGGUUUCGGAGAGGUUGUCAAGGCAAGAAAGAAGCUCGAUGGCCAGAUUUACGCCAUCAAGAAGAUCACACAACGCUCACAGGCCAGCCUUACGGAAAUUCUGAAGGAGGUCCGACUAUUGUCCCAACUCAGCCAUCCUGCAGUGGUUCGAUACUACAAUACUUGGGUGGAGGAAAUCCCUGACCAGGGCGAUAUUGAGGAUGAUACUUCGACGGGUUACUUUACCGAGGAGAAUACUCAGGGAACUGGAUCUGCCGGGAUCGAUAUUGAGUUCGCCACCAGUACAGGAGGUCUCGACUUCAUAUCUUCCAAUGCCAAUGUGGAUUAUGGAUUCGACGAAUCGGAUGAAGAUGAAGAUGAGGACGAAGACGAAGACGAAGACGACUCGGAUGAGGAGGAUUCAGAAGAGGACGAUGAUUACUCGGACAAUGAAAUGUCCAUUCACCGGGUGGUAUCUCCAGACAAAGAAAGAAAUGCUGUCUUCCAGCGGAGAGCUCGCUAUCAACGCUCAUACAGGACGAUUCUCUACAUUUCUAUGGAGUACUGUGAAAAACGUACUCUCCGAGAUCUGAUUGCAAGAAAUCUUUACAAGAAUACUGCGGAAAUAUGGCGGCUCUUUCGUCAGAUUCUGGAAGGCUUAGCUCAUAUCCACGGGCUCAGCAUCGUUCAUCGCGAUCUGAAGCCGGAGAACAUCUUCAUUAGCAGCAGCUCGGACGGAAUUGACAAUGUCAAGAUUGGUGAUUUUGGACUUGCUACCAGCGGGCAGUUCUCUGUAGAAAAGGUCGCCGCAAACACUCUCGAGACAGACGACAUGACGAGAAGUAUUGGCACUGCCUAUUACUCUGCGCCUGAAGUCAGGUCAACUGUGAAUGGCAUAUAUAGCACAAAGGUCGAUAUGUUUUCUCUGGGCAUCAUUUUCUUCGAGAUGUGCUAUCUGCCUAUGAUGGGCAUGCAAAAAGCUGAUGUCCUGGGUCAGCUUAGACGACCGACACCAGUUUUGCCAUCAGAUUUCAAGCCUGCGGACAAGGCUCAGACAGACAUUGUGUUAUCUCUUGUCAAUCACAAUCCCAAAGAAAGGCCCUCAAGUACAGAUCUUCUGAAAAGUGGCAAGUUGCCCGUCCAGAUGGAGAGCGAAACGAUCAGGCGUACCCUCGCUGGACUUGCAGAUCCCAGCUCGCCGUACUAUCGCAAGAUGCUUUCUACUUUGUUUGCAAAACGCAUGGAACCUACCAAGAAUUAUGCUUGGGACAUGGCUUCGGCAAGCUUGAGUCCACAAGACUUGCUCAACCAAGGCUUAGUGAAACAAGAGUUAGUCUCGAUCUUCCGCCGUCAUGGUGCCUUGGAGACUCCGCGAGGCAUCAUCUAUCCUCGAUCCUCUCAUUAUGGGGACAACGCUGUUCAGCUUUUGGACCCAAAUGGUAACGUUCUCCAGCUGCCUUAUGAUCUGACGCUAGGAAAUGCAAGAAUGAUGGCGAAGCAAGCCAGUGGGCCUGUUGUCCAAAGAGCAUUUACCUUUGGCAACGUAUUUCGUGAUAAGCAGGACAUGGGACAACCUCUUAUGUUUGGGGAAGUCGAUUUCGACAUUGUCACCACUGAUACUUUGGAUCUUGCUUUGAAGGAAGCAGAAGUUCUCAAAGUGCUUGAUGAGAUCAUUCACACGUUCCCUUCUUUGUCAACAACGGCCAUGUGCUUUCAUCUCGGACACUCAGAUCUUCUGCAACUCAUUUUUGAGCACUGUGGAAUCGAGCCUGCUAGCCGGCGUGCAGCAGCAGAUGUUCUGAGCAAGCUGAAUAUCCACAACUACACCUGGCAGAAGAUUAGGAUCGAACUGCGGUCACCAACUGUGGGCGUUUCAGCCACAAGCGUAGACGAACUACAGAGAUUCGACUUCCGAGACACCCCGAACAAAACCUUCUCCAAGCUCAAGGUUCUCUUUGAGGGCAGCGAUAUGUAUCAGCGAGCCUCUCCAACAAUCGCGCACCUCAAAGAAGUAGUAGAGUAUUGCAAGCGCCUGGGUGUAGGGACUAAAAUUUACAUCAAUCCACUAAACAGCUUGAAAGAAGCAUUCUACACAGGUGGCGUCCUCUUCUCGUGCCUUUACGAUAAGAAAGUCAAGGAUGUUUUCGCUGCUGGUGGCAGGUAUGAUCAACUCAUCAGGGAAUAUCGACCCAGGGUUGGUGGUCAAUUUGGAGAAAGACAUGCUGUUGGAUUCAGCUUGGCAUGGGAACGGUUGGCAAAGAUCCCCAAAGCCGGCGGGCGUCCGUUUUUGAAAAAGUCUGAAGACGAACCAAGCGGCAUUUUCAACUCUCGGCGAUGCGACUGUCUAGUAGCUAGUUUUGACGCUGCUGUGUUGAGAUCAUCAGGUGUUGAGAUACUUCAAACUCUGUGGGCACACGACAUUAGCGCCGAGAUGGCAAAGGAUGCGAGAUCGCCUGAAGAUCUAUUGUCGAAACACCGAGACGAAACGUACUCAUGGAUCAUCAUCAUCAAGCAAGACGCAAUCUUGAAAGUCAAAAGUAUGGGACGCAAAGAUCACCCAGAUGCAGAUAUACCCACGACGCAACUGCUGUCCUGGCUUCGUGCCGAAAUUCGAGAACGCGACUCAAGGACAGUAGUGAAACUUCGUGGCAAUAGCUCGGCCGAUACCAACGGUUCUGGCGAUAAGGAGUCUGAACAAGAAGUUCGUGUACUUGUGGCACAAACGCGGAGUAAAAAGUUUAACCGUAGAACGGUUGUGGAACAAGCCCAAGUCAGUGCGGGCAGUCUGGUGCGAUCAUUUCUCGAAGGGCCCAUCUUGGCUAUCGAGACAACAGAUCAGGUUAUGGACCUGAUGCGUGAAACAUGUCUCUCGGAGACUGAGGGAUGGCGACAAGUUGAACAGUCAGUAACAACUAUAGAGAAGAAGUAUAUACGUGAGAUUCACGACCAGUUGGACACUUGGCGGUACAGGUACCAGAAGAAAAAUGGGUCUCGACACGCAUUCCUCUACAACUUUCGAUCAGGCAAUUGUGUAUACUACGAUCUGGGUGCUUGA